AUGUUCAAGAAGGUAUUAGGUUUAAUGGGUGAUAGUUUAAAUAACUAUAUGAACCCAAACCUAAAUAAUACUGAUAAUAAAAAUAAUAAUAAUAAUAAUAAUAAUAAUAAUAAUAAUAAUAGUACAAAAAAUAACUCACCACCACAACAAAGUACAACACCACAACAACAAAGAAAUAAUAAUAAUGAUGAUAGUGAAGAUGAGGAUGAAUAUGGUUUAAAAAAUGAAAUAGAAUUAUUUAAAAAUACAUUAAAAGUUAAUAAUACAUCAUCAAGUUUAGAUAUUUUAAUAAUUAGAAUUAUAGAUAAAGUUAAUAAGAAUGAAUUUGAAGAAGGAUUAAAAUUAUUAAAACAAUUUGUAUAUAUAGUUAUGGAAGCAAUUAGUAAACCAAUUGUAACACCAUCUACCAAUGAUAAUAAUAAUAUGACCUAUAAUACAAUUUAUGAAAAAUAUCAUAUACCACCAUUAAAUAAAAUUGAAGAACUUUAUCAAAUUACAAGAUCAAAAACUGAAGAAACCAUGAGAACAAAUAAUGAGCAAUCAGUUAUACAAUUAUCAUUAAUUUUAUCAAUUGUACAACAAAUUAAAUAUAAAUUAGUUUCUAGAAGUAUACCUAAUCAACAUCAAAAUAUAAUCACAUUUGAAAAUAGUGGUGAAGAAGAUGAGGGCUUAGUAAUCUACAUUCAGUUUCAAAGAAAGGUGAUUCUACAAGAUAGUGGUCCCAUCAUUAAAGAUAUGUUAAGAAUUAAUCAACAAUUAUCAGAGAGUUAUUCAGAUGCAUCUACCAAUAGUUUAAAUGAUAUUAAAUAUAAAGUGAAAUCAAUAGAUAACUGUCUAAUGGCUUUGAAAAAAGUUUUAUCAAGUGUUGUUCAAAAAGUUUCAGACUCAAUUCGUGUUGGUAAUGAUCAAUGGCGAUGGAAUGAUAUGAUCCUCUUUGAAAAGUAUAAAACUAAAUUGGUUGAAUGGAAUUCAAAUAAUUUAACAUUACCACUUCAUAAUCAAUCUGCACAAUAUUUAGAUCAAAUUUAUUCAAUCAUUUUAGAAAAAUUAAAAGAUUCAAAUUUAUUAAAAAAAUUAACAGAUGCAAAUAUAUCAAUUGAAGAUUUAAUUAAUAAUUUUAAAUAUAGUCAAAGUGAAAUUGAAUUAAUUCAACCAUUGUUGGGAAUUGAUGAAUUGUUAAAUCAAAUUUCAUCAAUUUCAGAGAUAUCAGAACGUUACAUUUCAUAUAUUCAAACUCAUUGUAAUACAAGUACAAAUAAAAAAGUACCCCAAUUAAAUGAUAUGAAAAGUAAAAUUCAAGAGAUUAUGACAAACUAUUCUUCUUUUGAAACUCAAUAUUUUCAACUUUCAUUUUCAUUUUCAAUAUAUAAUGAUGAUUUAAGAAGAUUUAUUGUCAAUCAAAUGAAUCAUAACCAUAAUAAUAACAAUAAUAAUAAUAAUAAUAAUAAAAAUGUACAUCAAUCACAGCAGCAACAACAGCAAUUAUUACAACAACAACAACAAUUACAUCAACAACAAUUAAUAUUUGAACAAGAAAAUAAUACAUCUAGUAUGGUUGAUAAUAUAUUUUUUGUUUUUAGAAAAGUAGCAGGAAGAGCAAUCUCUUCAUCAAAUUCACCUACGACUUGUGCUGUCAUUAAUUUGACUUUAGCAAAUUUUGAUAUGAUUUAUAUGCCUUAUUUUGAAAAUUUAUUAGAAUAUAAUUAUUCAGAUGAUUUUGAUAAAAAGAGAGAUAUAUUUUUAAUUAUAUUAAAUAAUUUAACAUUAACUAAAGAGUAUAUUUAUAAAGUUAAGGAUCAAUUAAAAGAAACAACAUUUUUAAAAUUUAAAGAUGAAAAUGAUAGAAAAGCAAUCACUAUGUGUAUAGAAGGUAAUGGUGAUGGAUUUUCAACGGUUACCAAGAGUAUUGAUAAUAUAUUAAAGGAGAAUAUUAAAAAGAUUGUUCAGGUGAAUUCUCCAUCACUUACAAGAUUAAUUUGGCCAUUUAGGAAUACAAACUAUGAAAUUGGUGAUGAGGAAUUUGAAAAUUAUGAAAUUAAUGACCCUUUUGCAAUGGAUUUCUUGUCCGAGUUGAUGGCAUUAUUGCAACCCUAUAAAAGAAAAUUCAUAGCAGAGAAUUUCGAUCAACUCAUUCAUCUAAUGUCAACUUUUAUCGCAAAAACCAUGGAAGAUUUCAUAAUGCAAAAACGUUUCAAUCAAUUGGGUGGAAUUCAAUUGUCAAAGGAUAUUAGAAAAAUCAUUGAUUUCCUUUGUAAUAUAACAACUGAACAAAAUAUUAGACAUAAAUUCACAAGAUUAUCACAAGUUGUUCAUUUAUUAACUUUUGAUAAGGUAAAUGAUAUUUUAGAAUAUUGGAAUCAACCAGAUUAUAAAUGGAAUUUAAAUGUAUUAGAAAUUAAAUUAGUUUUAGGUAGAAGAUCUGAUUUUAAUGUUCAUAAUUUAAAUUUAAAAUAA